AAUACGUUGGAUUAUACCAAUAGAAGACAAGAUGAUAAAACAGUGCAAAUGCAAAGAGAGAGUGGCGGGGCCGCCAGUGAUGUGAAUAGUAAACCCUCUGUCUCCUCCGCCCGGGGCCACCACCUCAAUUACUCCCCUAAUUUCCUUCACUCCUUGUUUCUUCUUCUAUUUCUCUCUCUCUCUCUUUCUCUUUCUCUGAACUUAAGAAACAGUCUCAUCACUUCAAUCUCUCACACAUUCACUUAUAUUUCUUCUUCUUCGAUCCUUUACGUCCCAUCAUCAGCUAUAUUCUUACUUUGAAACCCCUCAACUUGUUCUACUCUGGAAAAACCCAAAAAUCUACAACAACAACAACAAAAAAAAAAGAACUGGUCCAAAUAAUUCUACAACUCGUUCAACGCCAUUUUUUGUCUUGCUGCUCUUGUUUCUCUAGCUAUUUCUCGAGUUAAGGCUUUCUUUCUGCUUUAACUUGUCUUCCUUAUCUUAUUUAGCAUAUGAAAAUUUGGAGCAGUUAGACAAGCAGAGAAGGAUCUUAUGUCAUCGGUGACAGACCUAUUUAAUUAAUUAGUAUCCUAUACUAGAACUAGUAUAGACACUUGAUUUAUUGUGCAAGGCUUGUUCAAUCAUGACUUUUCGCUUAGCUAACUGUCAAACAAGGAUGUAAAGCUUCCCUCUCUUACAAUGGAUUCUCGCGAUUAAGGAUUGGAUGCAAAUCAACUCCUACUAACAUAAUAUAUUGAUUGUAUUUUAUGGAUUCUACAUCCAGGGUUGGAGCAUCCAACCCGAACAAUAAUGGUGGUGGUGGUGGAGGAGGAGAGGGUCCAUCAUCAGCAACUGCAAGUGGUCGAAUCACUGAGAGUGAAGGAGGAUCUGCGGCUCCAGCAGCACCACCGAGCCGCUACGAGUCACAAAAACGACGAGAUUGGAACACUUUCUUACAGUACUUAAGGAACCACAAGCCACCACUAACCCUAGCCCGUUGCAGCGGAGCUCACGUGAUCGAGUUCCUAAAAUACCUCGAUCAGUUCGGGAAGACGAAGGUGCACGUGACCGGGUGCCCUUAUUUCGGGCACCCGAAUCCACCAGCACCGUGUGCGUGUCCGUUGAAACAGGCUUGGGGUAGCCUUGAUGCCCUAAUUGGAAGGCUAAGAGCUGCUUAUGAAGAAAAUGGAGGAAAGCCUGAAUCAAAUCCUUUUGGUGCAAAAGCUGUUAGAAUAUAUUUAAGGGAAGUUAGGGAAAGUCAAGCUAAAGCUAGAGGAAUACCAUAUGAAAAGAAGAAACGGAAAAGGCCAAGUUCCAGUUCGGUGACGGCUGGCAGCAGUGCUAGUAGCGGCGGUGUUAUCACUGUAGAAGGCGGUGGUAGUGGUGGCGGAGAUGGUGGAGGUAAUGCUGGUGAUGGCAGUGGUGGCGGCGCUGCUAUUGGUCCGCCACCUACUGCUACUAAUCCAACAGAAUAGUACAGAUUAUUUUCCAGGAUUCCUUUUCAUUAAUUUUAAUUUUACCUACUAUAGUAACUUAUUUUUCUUUUCUAGUUCAGUAUAGUACGUAAUUGUGAAUUAUGACAGUUGAGUUGCAUCUAUCAACGGUAAGAAUUUCUCUAUGCAAAUUUCCUUAGGGAUCAUGACAUAUAGAAACCUAAAAGGAGAGCAACAUUCUUCCUUUUUAUGUAAAUGCUGUUGAGGGGCACUAAUUAAUUAAGUUCUCUGAAAUGCUAAAAUAAUGAUGUUCCUUUCC